AUGGAAGCCGCUGAAGAGCCAGAAAUUUUGGAGGCUUCCCUGCGUGAUAGUGAAAACAAGCCAAUCCCAAUCAGGCUGAUGCUGUAUACAGAUGCCCUGUUGGUACAGAAACAAGAGUGGAUCAGUGUACAGCUGGACGAAGAGGACGAGGUGUUUCUCAAUAUGGUAAGGGAUGUCAACAUCACCAGAGAACCUGGUGCUGGAUUUGGCCUGUGUGUUAAAGGAGGUGCCGAACACCGUCUGCCAGUGUUGAUCUCGAGGAUUGUGAAAAAUGAGGCCAGUGAUCGUUGUGGCCAGUUGCUUGUCGGAGAUGCAAUUUUGAGGACCACUCAGCCCCCAUUUAAAAAAAAAAUUUAUGAAUUAAAGCUUCCAAAAAUGAUUUGCUGUUUUUUACUCAGUCUCUGCAUACAUCAAUGCUGUUAUUUAUUCUUUUAU